AUGUCUGGAUCAAACCCUGAGACCAAACCUGUCCAGGAUCUCCAGUCAAUCCCAGUCGCUUCUGCUCCUUCAGUGGAAAGUCAGGAUGGCAUCUUGGUUAGGACCUCAUCCCCAGCUCCAGCUUCUUCCUCACCUGCUGCUCUGCCUGCAUUGAGUAGCAGUGUGGAAGUUCCGGUGGCAGAAGAAAACAAAGGCUGCAAUGAUUUAAAUGAAGCAGAGCCAAAGGAUCCUCAAUCAAAUGAUUUGGUCUCUGUUAUUGACUCCUCCCUUAAAAAAAUACCCAAAGUGGAGUCUGAAUCUAAAGUCUUUCUAAAAGGUUCUCCAUCUUCAUUUUCAGAAAUGGCCGCACUGUCUGAAUUGAACGGCAGCGUUGGUGUUCCCAUGGAAUCUGAAAAGGAGGUGGAAACCAACAAUGAACCUGUAGAAAUGAUUGAGAUCCGUACAUCUGAUAACAUGGAAUCUGUUUCUAACUCCACCGCUAAUGAACAGCUCAGUGAGAAUGCUUCCUCUGCCAUUGGAAAGACCGAUGAUGUGGUCAAACCAAAUCUGGUGCCCUCAGCCCCAAACCAAUCUGGUACAGAGCAGCUGCAGGGAUGCGUGAGCAAGGACGACGAGGAGAAAGUCAAAGCGAUCAUCGACAUCACUGUGGAAAGAGCCACAUUAGAACCAAACUCUGCAGUGAUGUAUGCAAACUUUUGCUGUGAACUUAAGGAGUACCGGAAACUGAAAGUGCCCAACUUGGAGAAGAUGCUGCUCAGUCGCUGCCAGAUGGAACUAAAGAAGGAGAGACAGAAUGACAGAGUUCUCACGAAGAAGCAGAAAGAGAUGAAUCAAGCCACAGAGAGAGUACAGCAGCGCUUGAAGAAAGAUCUAGAGAAAGAGAAGAUCUGCUCUUUCCAACAAUCCCUCAACAACAUGGAAUUCACUGCAGAGCUUUUUAAACUGAAACUGCUUCCAAAGCGGUUCAUAAACACCUGGAUUGAACAGAAGCUUGUAGUAAACCCCAGCGAGGAGAACCUGGAAUGUCUCUGCAGGCUGCUCUCCCUCACCGGCAAGGACCUGCAUAGUGAAAAGGACAAGUACUUGAUGAGCCUCUACUUCUCGGCAAUCAACAAAAUCAUCCAGCAGAAGAAAACCUCAGCUAGGAUCUGCUGCAUGCUACAGGAUAUUGUGGAUCUGAGACUGAAUAACUGGGAACCCAAGAGCAACAAUCAGGACACCAAAAACAACAAUAUGGUCCACAAUGAUGCCAAACAAGAAGACAUGAAGGUGCCAUCCAGAAAAGACAUCAAUCCAGAAAGAGAGACCCGAGAAGUCCAGAGACAGGACAACAGUUUGAUCCUGGUGACCUUUAGAAACCAAUCCGUCAAUACAUCCCACCAAAGCAAGAACAACAAGACUACUACCUGGAACCACCACCAGCUUGAUGCCCCUAAAAAAGCAUGCUCAUGGGAGAAUCGGGGCAAAGGAAGCAUCAAAUCAAAACUCAGUGCUGAAGCUGAAAAAUGUGCUUAUUCUAGAAGGAACUACAGCAGAAAUGAGCACUGUACCCGAGACCAGGAUCUUUUUGAGCACUGGGACAGACAGGACAGGAGAUAUAGAGGACCGGACAUGCGUCCUCGUCACUCCGUCUAGAAACAUCAGACAGAUCAGCAAUACGGAAAGUGUUUUCGGAUUUGAAUUUCGACAAUAAACAGCUCUUAUUAUGACUGAUUAAUUCCCUCUACUGAUGGAAGC